CUCCACACACAGACAGCAGCACGGCAGCGCCCGGGAUAACAUGAUUAGCGCUCUAUUAGGUCCGCUACUGAGCAGCACUAGAUGCAGCACAGGGAUCAUUGUGUGUGUGGAGAGAGAGGAGACACGGGGGGAAGACUUCACGCCUCAUCCGCCACAUGGAUCUUCUUUGCUUCCUAUUGAUCUGCUUAAAGAAGUUACCCACUGACAGCUUUUUUAAUGCCUGUGCGUCUCCGGCACUGGAGAGGUUGUGUCACUGCUCUCUGCCUCAGAUGAACUGACAGCCUUAUAAAUAAUCAGAGCUUCUCCUUGAGGAGUGUGUUCAUGAUGAGAGAGAAAAAUCCGGGAAAGCCUCAGAGGAGUGAUUCAGUCCCUUCCUUUCUCAGCCCCGCUGUGAGCUUCUAGCUGUCCUUCCUGGUGAUGGUAUUUGUCAACCUCAGGUGAACUCACAUAGGAAGUGGGCAGAUUUGCUCCAAUGGGGUUCGACAACGAGACCAACCAGACUCUUCCAGAUGUGGCUCUGUACAGCCUGCGGAUCUCCCUGCCACUCACUGUGCUGGUGGGGAUCAUGAUCCUGCUGACAGUGUUUGGCAACGUGCUGGUGGUCAUAGCUGUGUUUACAAGCCGGGCCCUGAGGGCUCCGCAGAACUUAUUCUUGGUGUCUCUGGCGUCGGCAGACAUUUUGGUGGCCACCCUCGUGAUGCCUUUCUCCUUAGCCAAUGAGCUCAUGGGAUACUGGUACUUUGGGGAGGUGUGGUGCGAGAUUUAUCUGGCACUUGAUGUUCUUUUCUGCACUGCCUCCAUCGCCCACCUCUGUGCCAUCAGCUUGGACCGCUACUGGUCCAUCACACAGGCCAUCGAGUAUAACCUGAAGAGGACGCCGCGACGCAUUAAGUGCAUCAUCGUCAUCGUGUGGGUCAUCGCGGCAGUUAUCUCCUUCCCCCCUCUAAUCACUAUGGAGAAAGAAAACAGCGAGAAGGAACCUGUGUGUAAGAUCAAUAAUGACAAGUGGUACGUCAUCUCCUCCUGCAUCGGCUCCUUCUUCCUCCCCUGCGUCAUCAUGGUCCUGGUCUACGUGCGAAUCUACCAGAUCGCCAAAAAGAGGACGCGGGCGCCACCAGGAGACAGGAAGCGGAAGGAGAUAGCGAAGACAGCCACUGUGGCUGUCGCCAACCAGAAACAGAACGGCGUGGGCGCAGGCGAUGCUGAGGGCCGGCUCUGCCAUGAGAAGCUGAAUGGUGAGCAGGACAUUGAGCUGAAGGAGGGAGUGGGAGGAGAAGGAGGAGCAGGUGAGGAGAAGGGUGAGGUCAAUGGGGUCGACCUCGAGGAGUCGUCCUCCUCUGACCACAAGGUGAACAAUCCCUGCUCGAUCAAGAAGAAAUCAGGCAAGGGGAAAACCAAACUGUGCCAAAUCAAGCCCGGGGAUGAUGGCGUCCAAAAGCGGGUGCCAAGCAACAAGGGCAGCCGCUGGAAGGGCCGACAGAACCGGGAGAAACGCUUCACCUUUGUCCUGGCCGUGGUCAUUGGAGUGUUUGUCAUCUGCUGGUUCCCCUUUUUCUUUACAUACAUGCUAAUGACGUUGUGUGAGUCCUGCCCGGUGCCCGACACCCUGUUCAAGUUCUUCUUCUGGUUUGGCUAUUGCAACAGCGCGCUGAACCCCAUCAUUUACACCAUCUUCAACAACGACUUCAGGAGGUCGUUCAAAAAGAUACUGUGCAAGAGGGACACUCGAAGAUAUGUAUGAUGGACUCCAUCUUUAUGUACAUACUUUUUUUUUUACUAUAUUGUACAUAGAUUAUAAAACACAUAGACCAUUGCGGCAUGGUUCACUGGCUUAAUCGCUCUAGGUGUAAGUGCUUGGAAAGGCUUUCCCAGGAUGAGCUUUACGUGCAGCAUCUUUUCAAAACCACCACCCGCAGCUUCAACAGCGAACACAGCGCCACAGUGAAACCAUGUUUUUAUUGUAAAUGUUAUUUUUAUUUUUAUAAAUGAAACCCACAUAGUGAAGUCAUGAUAUGUGUUGUACUUUACGACAGUAUGUUGUGCAAAAUGACCUGUCUGAAUAUUUGUCUCUAUUUUUGUUGUUAAUUCAAUUCAAUUCAAUUCAAAUAACUUUAUUUAUCCUCAAGGGGCAAUUUAAGAGCAGCACACUGAGUAGUUCAGAGAAAAAACACACAAGACAUAAAUAACUACAAUAUAAAAACAUGGAUACAGUAUUGCGCCAUUUUGUAUGAUAUCAUGAUAAUGAUGACGACAGUGGUUAAGGUAAUGGUGAUGAUGGUGGUGAUGAUGAUGUUGAUGAUUAUGAUGAUGAGGAUGAUGAUGGUGAUGACAAAGUGUGGGGGGAAAUGAUGGCUCUUAAUAAGAAUAAAACCCAUUUCCUGAACUGG